UCAAAAACAAAAUGGCGGAGACCCAGUGCUGAAAAAAAAAUUAUAUGAAAAAUAUAUAAGACGAUAACUCUAAUUGUAGUUUCUGUUGAAAAGGAAGGAUAAAUUAUUGUUUUAAAAUUACCCAAGGCUAUAUAGAUGUUAUGAUUAAUGUCAUAUGCUUGGUAGGGGACUUUUUUUACUGAUGUACACAGCAGUUGCUCCUCCGAAACAAACAGACGAUCGUGUAAACAAGAAAGUUACAGAGGAAGGAGGCCCACCGGCUGGCGUCUCAGAAAAUAACUGGAAGAAAUUCCAGGAACUAAAGAAACGUAGAGAACAAUGCUGUAAAAAAUCAAAAGAGAAGAGAAAGAAGGAACGAAGAAAAAAUGUGAUUAAACCCGUUUCUUCGCAGGUAAGUCAAGAAGAACUAACAAUCCUCACAGAAUAUGGUGUUCCCUCUACCUCCAGUAGUAGUAGUAAAACAUGUAAUGAAGAUGACACACCAGGAAACAACAGGUACAGGAAGACUGAAAAGAUAGAAAAUGAAGCCAAGUGGAGAGACCUAAAACAGUAUUUAUAUUUACCUCAUAAUUCUGGUUUGGAGAGUGAAGAAAAAAUUAUUUUGAAAAAACAGACUGAAGAGCAAAUAGACAAGGCCAUUGCAAAAAGGCAAUUUGAAAAGGCUGAAUUGUUAAGUGAAAAGCUUUCAACUCAAGACUUUGUGGUCAAAGUGGCCAGUGCUGUUGAAGGGAGAAACUUUGCUAAGAGAAGAAGCGAGGAACAAAGUAGGACACAGGAAAAAAAGAAAGCUAAACUUCACUGGGGAUUUGAACAAAAGCAAAGAUGGGAAAGCAAAGGGAACAUGUGAAAUGGAAAUUUCAUUUUGAAAGAAAAAAUCCAAAUGUCUACAAUCCUGCCAAGUAUUUUUGAAGUGAUUUCCCCCGUAGAUUAGAAUUCAGUCUGGAAUCUAAAUACGAGGGCAUAUACAUGGCACAUUCACCAAGGGUUUAGGUAAA